CUUUAUUUUGGAAUGUGUACAGACAUAAGCGGAAAUGUCUUUCUGUUGCUGUUCUUUCUGUGUUCGUGUUCAGUGUUGUGGCCACCGGAGUGUUUAAGAGUUUACUGUGUUGAGGUUAUGGCUGACGAAGGCUCGGUGGAGGAUUAUCCCACAGAAAUCGAGGAGUACCUCACUGGGUUCGAGUCUUCUGUGAGCUCUGUCCAAAAUGUAAUCCAGACUCUCAUGUCUGUGUCAAAGGGCGAGCACCUGAAGCUUGACCCGCUUGACCAAGCCAAACUGGACCUGAUGUCUGCGUACACCCUCAACUCGCUGUUUUGGAUGUACCUAAUGACACAAGGAGUGAACCCAAAAGAACAUGGAAUCAAACAAGAACUGGAGAGAAUCCGAACAUACAUGAACAGGCUGAAGGAGAUCACCGAUAAGAAAAAGGCAGCUCGUCUGGACAAAGGAGCAGCAUCUCGGUUUGUCCGGAACGCACUGUGGGACGCAGAGGACAGCAAAGCCAAAGACAAAGACAACACAGAGCGUCCCCACAAAGCCAAGCAGAGGAAACUGGACUGAGGAGGACAGUAGUCAGAAACUGUUGUAUAUGCAUGCACACAAUGUGUGUCUGCAUCAUCGAUGAGGUUUCUCUCAUCGUUGUGCCAUAAACAUUUUUUCUUUUUUAAUUACUAUUUUGUUUUAUAUUAGUCUCACUUUUUCCUUCUGUAAUAUCUGGUCAUCAUCAAGCUGUGGUUUUAUGACUUUAUGACUUUAUGACAAGUUUUUGAUUUUGUAAUAGGAAAGUUUAAAAAGUCACCAUGUGGAGUACUGUUGUUUACUGUUGUUUACUGUGUAUGUAAUUUAAACACCAUCCUUCAUUCUGAAA